UCGCUGCUCUUUUUCCACCCCCGCCCCCCAGCUCCGAUCAGCUGGUUUGGGAGGACGGACGAACUUCCUGGAGUACCAACAGAGCGGCCGCCAUCGUCAAUGCCGCGGCUGCGGCCAGCGGAGAGCCGCGAGGCCGAGCCCGCUUCCUCGGCGGACCGGAGGGAAGACUGCCUCGGAGGACGCGCCGGGCUUGGCGAACGCUGCGAGCUGGAAACUGCUCAGGCGAUGGGAUGGCGGCUGAGCUGAAGGAACAGAGAUGCGUGAAGGAAGAGCCCGGAACGACGGCGGUGCUGGCGGGCGGCUCGGGAGAGGUGGUCUCCCGCAACUACAAGCGGGAGAGAGAGAACGGGGGCCGAGACUUGCCAGAGAAGCGAGAGAGAGCUGCCUCCGGGAAAAGCCGAGAAGGAGUUGCUCUGCCAGGCUUCGGGAAUCUUGACCAAAUAGUGAUCCAGCAGCUGAUCCACAUUGGAGGAGGAGGAGGGAGGAGGCGCAGCAAGCAGGGGGAGAACUUCCGGCAGGCCGCGGGCCUCGGCAAGCCUUCGAUCGUCUGCCUGGGAGAGAAGCCGUACCUGUGCAUCGUCUGCGAGAAAACCUUCCGCAACCACUCGGGCCUCAUGGUGCACCAGCGGAUCCACACAGGGGAGAAGCCCUACAAAUGCCCCGACUGCGAGAAGAGCUUCAAUCAACGCUCGCACCUGACCUCCCACCGCGGUACCCACACAGGAGAAAAGCCCUUCAAGUGCUUUGACUGCGGCAAGAGCUUCAGCUAUAACUCGGGCCUGGUGAUCCACCAGCGCAUCCACACGGGGGAGAAGCCGUACCAGUGCCCCGGGUGCGAGAAGAGCUUCAGCCAGAAAUCCCACCUGCUGUCGCACCAGAGGACCCACGUCGGGGAGAAGUCCUUCAAGUGCCUCGACUGCGGGAAGAGCUUCAGCUACAACUCGGGCCUCGUCAUCCACCAGCGCAUCCACACCGGCGAGAAGCCUUACAAAUGCUCGGACUGCGGUAAGAGCUUCAACCAGCGGUCGCACCUCAUCUCGCACCGGGGCGUCCACACGGGACGGAAGCCGUACUCGUGCCGAGAUUGCGGGAAGAGCUUCAGCUUCAACUCGGGCCUCGUCAUACACCAGCGGCUGCACACGGGAGAGAAGCCUUACAAGUGCUCCGACUGCGGGAAGAGUUUCAAUCAGAAAUCGCACCUUAUUUCACACCAGAGAGUCCACAGCGGGCAAAAGCUCUGACUUGCUGGCGGCAGAUACCAUAUAUUUCCGUGUAUAACACCCCCCCAUGUAUAAGACCCCCCU